AUGGCGGCCCGUUUUAUAAUCAGUGCGCUCCUGCUGGCCAGUCCGGCUGUGUGGGGCAAGCCCACGUUCGGACGCGAACACGUCCACAUCCGCAUCCAUCUGCCGGAAAGCGGUGGGGAUCAUGGAGGCCACGGAGGUGGUGAUUUCGGUGGACACGGCGGCGGCGGUGACUUUGGAGGUCAUGGGGGUGGCUAUGAGGUGCACUCCCACGAUGGUGGUUACAGUGCAGGAGGCGGCGGUGGUGGCGGCCAUGUUGCCACUUAUGCUGUCAUCACGGAGAACCACGGCUAUAGCGCCGGCGGUGGCGGGCACGGAGGUCAUAGCUCCGGUGGAUAUAGCUACGGCGGUGGACACGGAGGAUCUGGCCAUGAUGACGCCAAGAUUGCUGCCAUAGCAGCUGCUGCAGGUUCCUCCUCGUCCGACCAUGGACAUGGACACGGACACGGAGGCAGCGGACACGGUGGAGACUAUGGUGGCCAUGCCAUUGCUAACAUUGCAGCCAUCGCCGCCAGCUCGGACUCUUCGGCCCAUGGAGGCAGCAGUGGAGGAUACGGAGGCAGCACUGGCGGAUACGGUGGCUACAGCGGAGGAGGCGGUGGACACGACACGCAGCUGGUUGCUGCCGUUGCCGCUUCUAGCGAUGCGCACGGCUCCUCUGGUGGAUACGACGCUGGCUCCUCUGGCGGCUAUGGAGGUGGCUCGUCGUACAGCGGCGGAUCCUCCUACAGCAGUGGCUCCUCUUAUAGCAGCGGUGGCUCGUCCUACAGCAGCGGUGGCUACAGCGGUGGACAUGGCGGUGGGUACAGCGGUGGACAUGGUGGCUCCAGCUACGACACACAGGUGGUGGCUGCUGCUGCUGCUUCCGGCAGUGGUGGCUCCUAUGGAGGAGGAUCCUCUGGCGGUGACGGAUACAGCUAUUCGGCGCCAGCUGCCGGCGGCUGGUCAGGUUCCGGCGCCUCCAGCUGGUCGUAG